UUUUUAGAAGAUCGUAUAUACCUGUGUGGAAAAGGUGGUGUGUUAGUUCCUUCGAAACAUCUGCCGGCUUGUGAAAUGACCCUCCCUUGGAAGUAUAUGUAUAAACGAAGUAUCGAAGGCAAUUUAAAGCGGAAAAGGCGUGCAACAGUACACAAGGCGCAUAGCUCCUGCAUUAAAGCGAUAAACAAAUAAAUAUUAAUAUAGAUUACAUACAAGUUUAGUGAUACAAAAUUAAACUCAGUGUAGCUAUAUAAAACAGGUUUUAAAUGUUGCUGCACAUUUUCGCAAGGAUAUGGUUUAUUGUCGUUUUCAUACGGCAAAACGUUAACUGUGCGCACCACAGCUAUGAGGAUCGUAGGGAUUCCGCUUCACACGCAUCUGUCCGCCAUCAGAACUGGCAGAGACUUGAAAUGAUGGACAGGAAUGGCUUGUACUGGCUCGAGUGGCAAAUCAAGGAAAAUUAUAUUUACUUUAAGGUAACUGUAAAUACGCGUGGCUUUAUUGGCCUUGGAUUUUCACAAAAAGACGGCCGCAUGUACAGUGCGGAUAUGGUAUUGUUAUGGGUCGAUGAUCAGACUGGAAAACCAAACGCACUCGAUUGUCAUGGCUCAAUACAACAUGCGCAUGGAGCACCUAUACAGGAUGAUACGCAAAACUACAACGUUAUCGAUGGCUACCAAAAUGGCACGCAUACUUAUGUCGCAUUUAAGCGUUUGCUUGAAACGUGUGAUCCCUACGAUAUUCCAUUAGGCCAUGACACGAUUAAAGUUUUGUGGUCUUUUGGCAAAAUCGAUCCGAUACAUGGUAAUUUAGAGGGACAUGGUCAGAAUCGUGGUGCUAAGCCACUGCUCUUAAUGAAUCCAGUUUUUCGAAAACAAAAUAAGACAAACAAUCAGUUAACUCACCAGUGGGACAUUGUUGUUAAUAAUGUGACUCUUGAGCCUUCGAUGGAUACUCUCUAUUGGUGUAAAAUAAUAAGAGCUCCUAUUUUGCAUCGAAAACACCAUAUAAUUGGUUAUGAGCCACUUUUAACACAUGUUUCUACAGCGGAUGAUACAGUUGUCCAUCAUAUGACUCUUUUUGAAUGCUCCGCGAAAUCAUAUCCUGGUUCAGAUUCCGAGUCGUGGGACGUUUGGGUAAGAAGUACUGGCACUGUAUGCAACAGCAACUCGUUGACGCCACGGGACUGGGAUUCUUGUUCCACACCAGUGGCCGUUUGGUCUGUCGGUUCUACAGGCCAAUUUUUGCCUCACCAUGUUGGCAUACCAAUAGGUGGCUCCUCGGGCGUCAAAUAUUAUAUGCUCGAAAUACAUUAUGAUAAUCCAAAGGCUUUGCGCGCCGUAGAUCAUUCCGGAUUUAGAAUUCACUAUACGCCUCAACUACGUGCCAACGAUGGGGGUAUCAUAAUCAGCGGAGUUUCUAUUUCCGACACCCAAAUUAUUCCACCUGGACAAAAGUUGUACCGUAAUGUUGGUAUUUGUGGACCUUCAUGUUCAAAUGUAUUGUUUCCCGAGGAUGGCAUUAAAAUUAUAUCUGGUACUCUUCAUACGCACCGCGCUGGUCGCAAAAUGAGCCUGCGACAUAUUCGAGGCGGCAAGGAAUUGCAACGCAUCAUUGAAGAUGAUAACUAUGAUUAUAAAUAUCAGCAAUUUCACCAGCUGGCUAACGAGACGGUUGUCCUGCCUGGAGAUUUUAUUAUUACAGACUGCGCCUAUGACACGACGCAUCGUAAAAGAGCCACAUUCGGUGGAUACUCGACUAAACAUGAAAUGUGUUUGUCUUUUAUCACAUAUUAUCCGAAAAUCGAAUUGGCUGGUUGUUACAGCAUGACGCCAGUGCGUGAAUUUUUUGAGAUGUUCGGAGUUAAUCAGUUCUAUUCAUUAAAUAUGACUGAUGUGGAAAAUUUGUUUUUAUACAACGGAAAUCUCUUAGAUUACAUGCCAAAUACGAUAUAUGCGAAAACAAAGCCUAACCAAACCAAUAUGAGCGCUGAAGACAUAGUCGUCGAAGGAUCUUUAUUAAACAAACUGCUAAUUUCGGAUCCGGUAGAAUUUCAUGAUCGCACAUUCCUUUCACAUAUAAAUCAGCUACCUUGGUCAGAGCCAUUAUUCACAAAACGCGUGGAGCAUGCUAUGAUAACAGGAAAGCAUAUGACUUUUUGUCGUGUUUCCAACGAGUCGAUGUCAAUCCCCUCCGAGAUAAUACGUUAUCCUAACUUCACGUCAUUUGUUAAACCACCCAGCAGUUGCACAUACAACCUUUUAAUCGAUAGCAUUCAAUUAAAUUCAAACGGUUCCAGAUCGGUGGCACCUUUGUCGUUAAGUUUGCUGCUAGUUGGAAUUUGUGUUAAGAAUAUUUAACUACCCUAAAUAUCAUAAUAUGCUUUUUCACUUCUGAGAACAAAAAA